GGAUUUUGAUUUAGCCAACCAAGCCAACCAAACGUCGAUUUCAUUCAUUCAUAAAUUCAUUGAUUACCAUUUUGAGGUGUGUUUUGUACUGUGAUGGGAAUUUAGGCUAGUUCAUAGUUUCAAUGUUUUCGAUUCGUAUAAUUGUUACAAAUUAACAAAAAAACGUGAUAACAUACAUCCUUUAGCCAUUAGUUCGAUUAUUGCGUGAAAUUCGUAAAGUGUUUGUAAUGAAUUUAGCAUUAUGUGUUUUACUCUGCAAUUUUUUAGUGUUAUCGACAUUUACCGUUGUAACAGGAGAAAAUGUAAACAUGAAAAAGAAUGUCUUCAAGGAGAAUGGUGGUUACGAAGAUGAUGAAGAUUUGGCCGAUGGCUCGGGGAAUGGUGAUCCUUUAGAAUCAAGCGGAUCUGGAUUUGGUCCUCCAGAUGAAGAAAUUACUGACCGUACUCAUAGUGAACUUCCAGGUGUGAAAAAAUCUUCAGCGACUUCAUCACCUAAAAUCGAAAAAGAAGAACCCACUUUACCAAUGCCACAACCACCAAAACCUCAAUCACCACCACCUCCACCGCCUGUGCAGCCAGAGACUAUUGCUCCAGAUACGUCCUCGAAAGCGACCAAUGUUCAACAAGAAACUAGACAAUUACCAGCACCACCACCAGAAGAAAAACACCCCAUCGAUACUUCGUUCAAUACUCCCAUCGAUAAAACUCCUAUCGACGAUACGAAUAGAAAUGAUAACGUGUAUAUCAUUAAUCCUACCCAUGACAGAGACAGGACGACUUCAUUCUUCGCACAGCCUGGUAUCCUCGCAGCUGUUAUCGGCGGUGCUGUCGUUGGUCUCCUAUGCGCCAUAUUAGUGGUCAUGUUCAUCGUGUACAGAAUGCGAAAAAAAGACGAAGGAUCUUACGCUUUAGAAGAAAUGAAAAGGUGUCCAGCCACCAAUCCGUACAUGAAACCCAAUCAUAGAGAAUUUUUCGCCUAAUUUCGUACGUGCGUUUAUUACCUAGGUUAUUAUUUUAUUUUACUGAUAUUUUUUGUACAUUUUGUAUAGAACGAUUAAAUGACCAGUCGACGUUAAGAUGGGAUAAAUUUAAACAAUUGCAGGUUACACAGGUAUAGGUUUUUUCAAGUUUGGAUGGUUUUACUGCGUUCAGUGUUACCGAUUUAAAAAAAAAAUGAAAAAAAAUUGAAAAAAAAAUGUAAAUUUUCUUUGUUAUAUAAUGCUAUUUUAGUACGCGAUUCGCUUGACAUAUCAUGCUAUAUAAUUUGUAUCAGUAAUUUUACUUUUUUAUGACUAUUGUUCCUGAGUAUUUUAAUGUGUACCGAGUACGUGUUUAUUUAUUUUUCUUUUUCGUCAUUAACGCAUUAUACUUAUAUAGAGAAAAACGCGCUAAUGAGAUCGUAUCGUGAAUUUUGUGUUUCGUGUCGUCGAGUUUUUUCUCUCUGUUUUUACUUUUUCUUUUCAUUUCUUUCUUUUUUUAGCCGCAUUUUUUCUUUUGUUUACUUACCGUAUUGUAGAGAAUUCUGUUUCAAAGGUUGACCCUCUUCAACCCUCGCUCGAUUCGAUUUAGGAGGGUAUAAUGGAUGCUCAAGUGUAAUUUACACAAUUUUUGUCGACUCAUUCUAUACCUACCUACCUACCUACCUACCUACCUAUCUACCUAACUCCCACCUAUAUUUCCUAUAAUUAUCAUGACGAAAAGCAAAAGACGUGUGUUCAUUUCACAAAUCCUUGAAAAUAUAAAUUUAUUAACGGUGCUAUUUUAUACGAUAUAUUUUGAAUAUUAAUCGCCAUUUUUCAAAGCAGAUUGAAUUUAAAUCUGUCGAGAUAUAAUUUUUUUAACCUAUUUUCUUCAAAAUUGUUCCAAAUGCUCGCAAUAUAACUAAGUACUCAUUGUUGGUCAAGUACCUAACUUUAUUUUUGGUUGAAUCCGAUCUGAUUAGUAUGUUUGUAUUAAAGGAUAUAGUUUAUCCCUUGCGUCGAUCGUUGCUUGUUAUUUUACUUACCGUUUUCAAAUGAACCAAUUAUUUUGUAUCAUCUUUUUUUUCUUUCUUUCUAGUGUGUUAAUGUAUUUAUGUGUUCAAAAUAAUCUUAUAUUUUCAGCAUCGAGGUCAUGAUUGUGUAGCAAUUAGUUGAUUGUAUUUUUUUUUAAGGUUUUACGGAUACACCCCCGUCUGCAUUUUUUCCCUCCCGAUGUAAUGCUUUUGAAAAGCCAUUUUUAAUUGUUAUUUAUAUAAUUUUUUGUAUUUUUUUGCUUUGUUUUUAUAUUUUUAUUUAUUACGAAUAUUUUCUUAUUUUUUUUCUCUUAAUUUAAUGAUUUUUUUUUUCAUUACGUUAUUGGUUUAAAUUUUUGAGAUGAAUUAGGCUGCGUAUUUGUAUAGUUUUUAGGAUAAUUCUGGUCAAGUUUAAGCUGGUUGGCGGUUGUUCUCUAUUUUGGUUCUCCAAGGUUGUCAGUGAUUUAAAUGAAUCACGGUGGUCGAUGGUGUUAUUGCGUUGAAUUUCAUCUUCAAUUUUUUUUGGUUACCUUGAUGGUAAAGUUGGGUCAGGUACUGAUUUGUUGUUCAGUGGUUUUUUGCAUCGAAGAAAUUUGACAUUUAAUUUCGGUAUUCAAACUCUAACUCGUGUUUUUUCCCGUAGUUGACUGAUUUUAUAUCAAAUCGUUUGAAAAUUGUAUAGAUGGUGAGGCGAGGGGCGAAUCUAUGAACUUCGGAUAACAUGGGUCACCAAAUUAAUUUUUGAUAAAAACAAAUUCAAAUGCAAUCAGUUGUAUUUUUUUAAAAAAAAAUGUUGGUACAAAUCGUAAUUAUUUGGAAAUGUUUACCAAAUUUUUAUACAAAAAAAAGUUCCCACGUUUUUGAAGUUUUUUUUUACAUUAAAUAUCUGAAAUCCAAUCAUCAUCUUUAUGAAAAUCAUGCGAUGUGGUUGAUUUUUCAUUCAAUCGUGACCCCGAUGAUCUCUUCCUCGACAGUUUUCAUUUAUUGUACGAUUUGAUGUAAAAUUAGCUACCUACCUACUUGUUGUUUUCCCUGAAGUAUUCUUGAAAGAAGACUCGUACUAUGUACUUUGUUUUCUGCCCAGUUUCUAUUCAAUUGAAGUCAUUCGUGUUUAGAAUACGCCGAAUAAAUUAUUUAUUUGAUUUGAAAUAACCGAAAAAAUGAGUGUCUGGCUUCCUCCGUCCAUUUAUGGAAGCCACCAAGGACUCGAAAAUUAGGUCAGUUUUUUUCUCGGAAAUUGUGCCUAAGUAUUUAAAAACGACGAACAAAAAUUGGUUCUGUUGGAAAAGAAGCGUUCUAAAAAUUAACUAGUUACUUUUAUAAAUUUAUCGAUCGGUUCACUUUCCAAUAUAUGGAAAUUUUUUUUCGCUCGAAAGACUUAUUACUAACUAGUCACCUGUAGCCAAAGUAAAGAUGUUUUAAAGGAGUUUUGAAUUUCACUAAGUAUAAAUUUGCCAUCUUUACUGAAAUGGUACAUCCGCAUGUCAAGUUGAUGUGUUAAAUAUCAAAAUUUUUUCGACAUCGUUUCUAUCUACAUUUCGUAUCUUUUUGUUAUUCAUAAUCAUAAUAUUUUUAAAAAAUUUUCACGGGUAUCCGUGCACGUGUGUUCCAUCGUAACUAUUAAAAAUUAAAUAAUCAAACGUUGAAUUUCAGCAGUGCAUUUAAUAUCUCUACGUAUGGUUGUACGAUAGUUAUGUUAUUAUUAUUUUUUUUUUUCUGUAAUAGUGUUGUAUUAAUACUUAAUUUCACGUAAAAAAAAAAUUGUACGCGAUUAUGUCUGGUUGUUUGCUUAAUUUUAAGAUACAUUUUAAUGAAUUUUUAAAUUCGUAUAAUUCGCAUUUUUACUUUUUAACUUUUUCACGUAACUGGAGUAGAUGAUUUUUUUCUCUAUCUCUCUCUGAAACUCAGAAAUAAGUGUAGUAUUUGAAUUUUGAAAAAAAAACGCUUUUAGAGUAAGAUUAUUAUAUCAUAACCAUCGCAAUUUUCAUCGUAAAUUUUUUCCAUGUGACAUAGAUAACAUAUUAGAUCGAUGUAGAGUUAACGAUACCAAAUAUUUUAGUACUUGUACAUUUUAAAGAACGCAUUUUAACAUCAGUAGGUUCAAAUGUGUUUUUAAGUAUUUCGUUUUUUUUCUUUUUUUCUUUCUUUUUUUUGUCUUGUAUAUAGAUUUUUUUUCAUACUUUUAUAUUUAUUUUUAUUUUACUAUACAUCAUUCGGCGCUGAUAUUGUGUUUUUGGUAUUAAAAACAGAAAAAUUAUAGUAGAAAAAGUAACCAACACUAAGUAAAAUAUUGUACUAGCUUUUAUUUAUUAUUAAGGUAAUGUUGACGAGAAAACGAGACGAUUUUAAAAUUAUCCGUUGAUGAUGGAUUUAUUUAAUGAAUAAAAAUGGAACCUUUA